AUGACCAUUAUAAUUAGCAUCGCAUUGCUAUCCACCCUCUUACAGGCGUUUCCCGUCGCGAACAAUGAUUCCUCAGACCCUUUCGCCAUCCUUGAUCCUCAGAAUUGGGUGAAUCCAGACGACAUGACUUGGGCAGAUUUCAAAGCCCCACCAGGAGCGACAUGGUCUGAUCCGAGAAGGAAGGGCUCGAUUCGAAAUUUUAACAUCGCGCUCGUUACGGUCGAUUAUUCCGAUAUGCCAUUCGUUAUCACCCAAGCACCAAACUCUACCGUAUUCACCAAUCCUCAGCCAAUCGCGAGCACAUUGAAUGUGACCCGAGCAGGUGUGCCUGCCUUCUAUCGUGAUCUCUUGAACAAGCCGCAAGAGUUGAAUCAAAUGCAUACGUUGCAUGAGUACUGGAUGGAAGACUCCGCGGGUCGCUUUGGCGUUGACUUGACCGCAUUCGGGCCCUAUCGACUGCCGAGCAAGUCGUAUCAAUAUGGAAUCGACGAUGAAGAGGAUGGUUUCAACGAAGGAGGAUGUCCUAGCCAGGGGAAAUGCUCCGCUGACCUCCGUACCGAUGCUUUUGGGGCGUGGCGGGCAGAUGUGGGCAACUCGACUGCAAGUUCCUUUGAACUUGUGUUUAUUCUCUCCGCUGGACAGGACGAAUCAUCAACGUGGCAGGAAUUCGGCGAAAUGUUGUUUCAGUCCAAGGAAGAUGUCCCCGACGCAUUCGGGCCUCCAGAUAAUAGCACAUUGCCAAAUUACGCCGCUACCCGAUACGUGGAUUGGACUUCAUGGGUCUCAGCCGCAAGUAUUUGGCCGAACGCUGGUGGAGGCUCGUCGACCCAGGGCGAAAGCUCUGGAAUGGCAACCUACGCUCACGAACUAUCUCAUCUUCUCGGUAUCGGUGAUAAUUACAACAACCCAUACAGCAUUCCACCUCGCCGGGCUUACACUGGCCCUUGGUCUAUGCUCUCGCGUGGUAGUUUCAACGGUCCUGGUGGUCCUCAUACCAGGUGGAAUAUCCCAUCUCUGCAGGGUGGGUCUAUGGGUUCUUUGCACACUGUGCGAGACAAGCUGCAGAUUGGGUUGCUCGACAACUCGAGUGUGCUUAUGGUAUCUCGUGAAGCCUUGGCAUCCUCAGGUUUGGUGGUGGCUCAGAUUAAGGCACGAUCUGUGGACCCAGGAAACGAAAUCAUAGGCAUGAAAAUUAAAAUGGACUCCGAUCGCUCACCAUUUUGCAACGUCAGCACGGAGCCUCUGUGCGAUGGGGGAGAAUACAACGCCUACAGUGUUGAGGUCAUCGAUCGUAUGGGCGCUGAUUCCUUCACCCCCGACUCUGGUGUCAUGAUCAGCAAGACCAAAGACUCCGACCGUGAACAGCCUUUCCAAUGGACCAUCGAUGCAAAUCCGCAGGAUAUCAAUGUGGUGGAUUUCUACCGGCCGAAUGGUACUGCUUCCAUGCUUUCCAUUGGAGACUACCGUCAACUGGUGGAUGCUUUAUUCCACGCUGGAACGCGUUCUGGGAGCCAAUAUGAGUAUGUCGAUGAGGCUAAUAGGCUUCACUUCUAUAUCCUGGACAUUCUUCGAGAUGAAACUGGUGUGCUGCACUAUAGUGUGGGUGUGAAGUCGCUGGAUAGUAACGGUACAAGCAAAUACAACGUCGAGCUUCGCGACGGAAUGGUGACUGGGCCCUCGUAUUCGAAUUCCACCUAUAAAGCCUUCACCUGCUCUUUUGAGCUAAAGAAUACCGGAAUGCGCUCGAACAGCAGUUCAGCGCAUCCUCAGGAUCUGUCUAGCUACUUGACCUCUGAUAUCUACCGACUUGAAGCCGAAGUCGAAGGUGAAGGAUGGCAUGUUGAGGUCCCGAAUGCGCUGGCUGCGGCCAAGUUCGGUGCUUCGACUACUGUUAGGGUAGCGGUUGGAGCGAGCUCACCAGCUGCGAAGGAUGCUGUGGUCAAAUUGACUGCCACAUCAGAGUCAGAUUCUAUAGCAAGUAUGACAAAGGAGUGUCACUUUAAAGGUUCUUAG